AUGAGGUUCUCCCUACUUUUGUCAGCGGUCCUCCUACCUUUCGGUGCUCUCGCAGCUCCAUCAUCUGCCUUUGGCUCGGAAGUCGAGCAUCGAACUUCCACUGAGCCAGCUCCUGCAAUGGAUGCACAGGCUCUAUCCCUUUUGCUCCCUCGACAGACUAGUCUCACCGACCUAUUGAGCGGCAUUUUGCCCGCUCUUCAAGCUCUGGGUGGCUUGCUAAACGAGGACACUAUCAACAACAUCAAGACUGUUGUCGAUGGUCUCGCUGUUGUCCUUGGCGAUAACAGGUCUCAGAACACUGCUAAUCUCCUUGACUCAGUGUCAGGGCUUCUGAGUGGUGAUCUGAUUGACCAGAUCAAGGGCCUGCUGCCCUCCGUUGCCGGGCUUCUUACGGAAGACAAUGUCAACAAGAUCCAGUCUCUAGUGAACAAUGCGAACGGUCUCUUGACUGAGAGCUUCGUGGACCAGACGACUGGACUGAUCAAUGAUGUUGCACCGCUCGUUUCGGCCAUUGCUCAGAUCAUUACUACGUUGCUACAGGCUCUGCUCGGUGGAUAGAGUGGCUUGCAGACUUGGGGAAGACCCUUGCAGAUAGCAGUUCAUCGGG